AGGGUGUCAGGGAGAAUUUAAAGAAUUGCUGCUCACACACAGCUGAUCCACCGGUGCUGUGACAAGGGACAAGAGCCACUGGAAGCAGAAUAAUCAAGCUUCACCUUGAUAACCUGGGUUUUCAGGAAUGCACUCAACUUUCCUGUUUAGGAAACAAUGAAGUACUACGUACUCUGACGUCGUUUACCAUGACUAGUUAACAAAGGUUAUGUAUGCUUCUUUUAUACCAUGGCAAGUGAAGAUGAAGAUAACAAUAUAUCAGAAACUCUGAUAUUUCGUCUCCAUGAGAGUGCUCCCAAAGUUGUGCGUGAAGUGUUGCUAGAACGUGGCUGGGAUGAAUUUGAUGAAGAGCAGCAAGGCGAAGCAGAGUGGAACUUACACUGGAGAACUUCAGCAUUCCGUACUUCUGAUCAUAAUAACAUAAAACCAUGGCAACGGCUUAACCAUCAUCCAGGGACAGCACAAAUGAUAAAGAAGGAUUGUUUGGCAAGACAUUUAAAACGCAUGAAAGGCAUCUAUGGGUCUUCCUAUUAUGAGUUCAGCCCUACGGCCUUUAUUUUACCCAAUGACUACACAAAGUUCUUAGCUGAAUAUUCAAAAGAAAGGCAUACUAAAAAGGCAAGCUAUUGGAUCUGCAAACCUACUGACAUGUCUAGGGGUAGAGGGAUAUUUGUUUUUCAAGACAUCAAGGACUUAACAUAUGACUGUACUGUAAUUGUACAGAAAUAUAUCACAAAUCCUCUGCUAAUCUCUGGCUACAAAUUUGACCUAAGGAUUUAUGUUUGCGUGACCUGUUUCUCUCCAUUGACCAUAUAUGUAUACCAAGAAGGUUUGGUCAGAUUUGCAACAGAAAAGUUCAGUCUCAGUUCACUUGAUAACAUAUUUGCCCACCUAACAAACACCAGCAUUAAUAAGUACAGCACCUCAUACUUGUCACAUAAGGAAAGGGUAGGGAGUGGUUGUAAAUGGACACUUGGUCAGUUUAGGUCAUAUCUUCGUGGUGUUGAAGUGGAUGAUGCAUUACUUUGGCAAAGAAUACAUAAUAUUGUGACAAUGACCCUUCUAGCGUUUGCUCCAUCUGUGCCACAAUACCCUAACUGCUUUGAACUUUUUGGAUUUGAUAUCCUUAUUGAUGAUACUCUAAAGCCAUGGCUUUUAGAAGUAAACUAUAGUCCCGCACUGUCUUUAGAUUGCCCUAAUGAUGUAAAAGUAAAGAAAAGACUAAUUAAUGACAUUAUUGAUCUUCUCAACUACAAGUCAUCUGACAUACAAAGAUACGACAGCAAAAGGGUCAUAAUAUCAUCUCCAGUUUUACAUUCUCCUAAACUACAAACACUGCGUAAAAGUAAUUCAAGCUUACACGGUUCUAAAGAGUGUAAAAAGUGCAACCCAGUGAUAAAUAGUCACUUUAAAGAAAACUGUGAUCAGCCCAACAGCUCUUCAUCUUGUAAAUCUGUAUUCGACAAUAAUGAAGAAACAAAAUCACCAACUAGGGACAACUUUGGGGAUUACUGCAACUGUAACUCAGAGGAAAAGUCUUCUACAGAACCUAAGGAUGAUCCAAACAAGGAAAUGGUAACAAGUGGAAAAGCAAUGGUAUGUCCUCGAAAGACCUUGACCUCAAGAUUACGAGAAAGAAUGAAUAUUUCUCCAAGACAAGCAGCACCAAAAGUCCCUUCAGCGUCCAUUGCUUUAAGAACAAACUCUGAAACGAAUCAUACACCAAGGACUGCACAAUGGAAAUCUGUGAAAUAUCCUCUAUUUCCUUUAUACUACAUAUCGGAAAUAGAUGAAAUGCCUCCUGCCCAUGUUGGUGGUUUCCUUCUUAUUUUUCCCUUUAACAAAACAUCUCUUCUUGCUUCAAAAACUGGAACCAAUGUCAAGAGUAUAAUUCAGGAAAUAAGCAAACUGACACAGAGAAAUUUGACGGAGAUAUAAGUAGCCUAACUUUGUUUUACACCCUGAAAAUUGAAAGUGAAUAACCAAGCAAAACAAAACAAACAAUCCAUAUUUAGUAAAUUUCUGUAAUACAUACAAGUUUACUUGUGUUUUGUGUCAUUAAAAACACAGUCGAUUUUUUCGGCAUUCAAAUAAA